AUGCAGCUUAAGUUCCUCCAAACAGUUAUAGAAGCUCAGGAUACCGACAACAAAGUCUGUGGGCUAUGUUGGUCUCCAAAUAAUCAGAAAUUGGCUGUGGCUACUUGUGACAGACAAAUACUUUUGUUUGACGAAAAAGGCGAACGUAAAGAUAGAUUUUCAACGAAACCAUACGACCCGGAAGCAGGAAAGAAGUCCUACGUGAUACAGGGCGUCGCCUUCAGUCCCGACUCAACUAAACUAGCUGUUGCCCAAAGCGAUUGUAUUGUCUAUGUUUAUAAAAUAGGGGAGAAAUGGGGUGAGAAAAAGGCCAUUUGUAAUAAAUUCCCUCAACCGUCCCCAGUAACAUGUAUGCUAUGGUUACUAACAGGCCCUAUUAUAGUCGGUCUAGUUGAUGGAAAAGUCAGAGCACUACAAAUAAAGUCAAAUAAAUCUCAAAGCUUAUUUGCCUCUGACAGUCUGGUGGUAUCUUUGGCUUCAAAUUCAAAGGGUACCGGAUUUUUAUCCGGGCAUAUCGAUGGAAACAUAAUUCGUUUCUUUAUUACUCACGAUAAUCACGAAGACGAAGCUCAAGGCAGAAUUAUCUUACAUUCUGUGCCUCCUUAUGCACUUACGUGGCCCCAUGGAUAUAUUUUUGUAGGGGGUUGUGACAAAAGAGUGUCCGUUUAUAAUAACAAUGGGAAAUUAAUAAAAAAUUUUGAUUAUAGCAAAGAUUUUACUGAAUAUGAUUUAAAUAUAGCAACAUCAAGUCCAAGUGGACAGGCAGUGGCAAUUGGAAGCUUUGAUCGUUUAAGAAUCUAUAUAUGGAAUACGAGGAAGUCCAUAUGGGAGGAAACGCCUCCAAAAGAAAUUAAAAAUCUUUAUACUAUAACUGCCCUUUCCUGGAAGAGGGAUGGUUCUAAGUUAACUUGUGGGGGAUUGUGUGGAGCAGUUUUAAUGUUUGAAUCAGUCUUGAAAAGAACAAUCUGGAAAGAUAAAUUUGAAAUAACGUACGUUGGUCCCAGUCAAGUUCUAGUCCAACCAUUAAAUUCCAAAGAAAGGGGUGUCAUACUAAGAUCACAGCAUGGUGGGGAAAUUGAAGACGUCAAAAUCAUGGGGAAAGACUGUUACUUAGUUGCCAGAACCGACGACACUUUAUUGGUGGCUGACUUGUCUAAAAACUUAUUAAGCGAAGUGCCUUGGAAUAAUUCUGGCCGAUAUGAGAAGUUUUAUUUCGAAAAUCCAUCCGUAUGUUUGGUAUUUAAUGCCGGAGAGCUUACUCUGAUAGAAUAUGGAGAUAACGACGUGCUAUGUUCGGUUAGAACUGAAUUUGCCAAUCCACAUUUGAUAAGUGUACGUUUGAACGAAAGAAAUCAAACUAACAACAACAAAAAGUUGGCCUAUUUAUUGGAUUUAAAAACUAUAUGUAUUGUGGACCUUGUAAGUGGCGUCACAAUUGGGCAAAUUAAUCACGAUUCAAAAAUUGAUUGGCUGGAACUGAGCGAAACUGGUCAUAAACUUCUAUUCAGAGACAAAAAACAAAGAUUGGUACUGAUCGACACGUACACCCACGCUAAACAAACCAUUUUUACUGAAGUUGGCUUUGCCCAAUGGGUAGAAAGCAGCGAUGUGGCGGUAGCCCAAUCGGGAAAUAAUUUAGCCAUUUGGUACAAUAUUGAGUUACCUGAGAACCCCACAAUAAUGACGGUAAAAGGAGAUGUUACAGAUAUUAUCAGAAAUAAUGGUAAAACUGAAGCUGUUUGUGUGGACGGAAAUAACACGAUUAAUAUAGAACUUGAUGAAGGUCUGGUGGAAUUUGGUACUGCUAUAAAUGACAACGAUUAUAGUAGAGCAGUACUUUUCUUAGAGACUAUGGGGAACUCAUCCGAAGCUGAGGCUAUGUGGCACUCUCUGUCAGUUAUUGCAAUAAAGCAACAAAACUUACUACUAGCUGAAAGAUGCUUUGCAGCCUUAGGAAAUGUGUCAGUAGCAUAUUACCUUCAUGAAACUUUGUUAAUUGGUCAAAAUUACUCCGAGAAAUUUAACGACAGUCCCAAUAAUUGUCCCGAAGUGUGGGCCAGACUGUCAAUAUUGAAUAACGAUUUAAGCACCGCAGAAAAUAUAUACUUAGAACAAGGUGACAUAGAAAGUGCCCUGAAAAUGUAUAAGAACCUUCAUAAAUGGGACGAAGCUCUAAGAUUGGCAGAUCAAAGAGGAUACGAACAUAUAAAGGAACUGAAAGAAGAACACAUGAAUUCGUUAAUGCAAUCCGGCCAGUUCGAAAAAAUUGGCCAAGUACUAGAAAAUGAGGGAAAAUACGAAGAAGCUCUGAACAUGUACCUAAAAUCAAAUAAGUUGCUCAGAAUCCCCAACUUGAUGAUUCGCCAUUCGGAAUUAAUGGAGGACCAUUCCUCCGUGGCCAACGUGUUGAAGAGUUUACUGAGAAGUGACCAUUUCGAAGCCGCAGCUGAGAUUUACGAAAAACUCGACAAGCCGGACUUAGCCAUGGAAUGUUACAGAAAAGGCAAAGUAUGGAAUAAAGCAGUUGACUUGGCAAGAAACGUCAGUCCAAAUCAAGUGGUGCAACUCGAAGAAGAAUGGGGAGACAGCUUGGUGGAAAAUAAGCAAAUGGACGCUGCCAUAAGCCACUACAUUGAAGCGGGUUGCACGUUAAAAGCAUUGGAUGCUGCAGUAAACGCAAGACAAUGGAAGAAGGCGGUCCAUAUAAUCAAAGUGAUUGACGAGCCAGAGAGCGUUAAAAAAUAUUAUGAACUAAUUGGAAAUUACUUUGCUAGUGUUAAGGAUUAUUCAACGGCAGAGAAAUUGUAUAUUAAAUGUGGGAUGUAUAAAACAGCAGUAGACAUGUAUAACGAAGCAGGUCAGUGGGAGAAGGCUCAUUCUAUCGCAUCUAAUUAUUUAGAUCAGGAUGAAGUUGCUGAUAUGUACAUAAAGCAUGCUGAGCAACUGGAGGAGGCAGGCAAAUAUCGGGAUGCUGAGCGACUAUAUCUCUCUAUAAAUUCGCCUGAUUUAGCAAUUGCCAUGUACAAACGUGCCGAGCAAUAUGAUCAUAUGGUUCGGUUGGUUGAAAAAUAUCAUCCUAGUUUACUUCAAACCACUCACCUGCAUCUGGGGCAACAACUAGAGGGACAAGGAAAGUACAGAGCAGCCGAAAUACAUUACUUAGCUAUUGGUGAUUGGAAGGCAGCUAUGAAUAUGUACAGAAACCUGAGUAUGUGGGAAGAAGCAUAUAGGGUGGCCAAACAAAACGGCGGUCAAACUGCUGCCAAUCAAGUUGCAUUUCUAUGGGCUAAAACUCUACCAAUAGACUCGGCUAUAAAAUUGUUAAAUAAGUAUGGUAUUUUGGACCAAUGCAUUAAUUAUUGUUGUGAGACCUACCAAUUCACUUUUGCCUUUCAAUUAUGCAAAAAUCUACCCAACAAGGUCAAUGAAGUACACUAUAAAUACGCCAUGGCACUAGAAGACGAUGGCAAAUUUUUGGAAGCAGAGGCUGAAUUUAUAUUAGCGGAAAAACCGAAAGAAGCAAUAUUAAUGUACGUGCAUGCCCAGAAUUGGAUACAUGCUUUAAGGAUCGCAGAGACUUACGAACCGGCCUCAGUACCAGAAGUGCUUCAAGCUCAAGCUGCUCAGUGUUUUAAAGACAAACAAUUUUCUGAGUUUGAAGUAUUACUUCUAAGGGCUCAAAUGCCUGAAUUAAUUGUUCAAAAAUAUAAAGCCUCAGAGAUGUGGGUGGAUGCACUUCGGGUUUGUAAAGAUUACCUACCUCAUUUGUAUCCGUCUUUGCAGUCGGAAUAUAGUAACUCACAUCACCACAAGACUUCAGAUGUGAACAUUGAAACUUUGCUCUCAAGAGCCAAUGAAUGGGCUUUGGCUGGUCAACACAAACAAGCCAUUGAUUGCCUCAUGCAAGUAAACGUCAAUAUUACGGAGCCUUCAAUUGUAAAACGGGCUCUCCUGAAAGCCGCCGACAUGGUCAAUAAGUUCUUGUAUGGGGAGGAAGCUUUGGAAAUUAUAAAAAUACUUGCUCCAAGGCUAACAGAAAUAGGAGAACACGGAGUGGCGGCUCAGUUGUAUGUUAGUAUGGAAAUGAUGAAGGAAGCUAUUGAUACUUUCAUAAUAGCUGAAGAAUGGAAUAAAGCUAGAAAAGUAGCAAAAGAACUUGAACCUGCGUAUGAAAGUUACGUUGAAAGUAAAUACAAAGACAGGUUACUAAAGAAAGGCGACGUUGAACAAUUAGCAGACGUCGACAUAAUUGGGGCUCUGGAUUUGUUGGUAGAACAGGGACAGUGGGCCAGGUGUAUUGAAAAAGCGAAAGCUCAAAGUAAACCUAUUCUUCACAAAUACGUUGCACUCUAUGCUGCAAAAUUAUUGAAAGACGGAUUUGUCAUUGAAGCCUUAAAUCUGUAUUCCACACAUGGAGCGCCGGCAAUUCCUCAAAACUUUAAUAUCUACAAUCACAUUGCAACCGAAAUUUUUGCCACUCCUGGCUUAGACAACUUAGAAAGUUACUCUGUAUGGGAACAAUUACGUCAAAUGUUGUUGGAAAUAAAUGAAGGUCUCGACACAUCUACACAAAAUAUUAAUUCAGAAACCAAAUAUCACUUUAGAAAUUUAUUAUUAAUAGCCCAUUAUUAUGCGUUAAGGACUGCUUGCAGACAGGUGUCUUCACUGAAGUCCAUUAGCUGCAAAAUAAGCACCGCAUUAUUGAGAUAUACAGACGUGAUACCGGCUGACAAGGCAUUUUAUGAAGCUGGUAAAGACCUUAAAGAAGAAGGAAGGUUGUCUGAGGCGUUUGUCUUUCUUAAUCAUUAUUUGGAUUUAUGUGAGGCUAUAGAAGAAGGUGAGGGACAAUUAGUGGAUCAUUCAGAUUUGGCCCAAACAGAUUGUCCUUCUAAUAUUCCUCUACCCAGUCACCUCUAUUUGAGUGAAGACGUAAAAGAACAUGACACCAUCAGAGAAUGGAUAUUAGCAAUAAGCAUGGAUCAAAAAGUAGAACAAACUUUACCCCUUGAUGAUCGUAAUUUAUACGAAAGUGCGUUACAGCCAGGUGAAUCCCCAUGUCUAAUUACAGGGUAUCCUGUGCGGAAACAGGCAGUUAUUUUUCCAAAAACAAAUCUACAGGCAAACAAAGACGUGUGGUCUAAAUUAAACAUGGGGGCGAAAAUGGCACCAGAAUCAAAUGUGUCUAAUGUUUUAUCGUUUAUGACGAAAUGGUGUGGUUCCCCUAAUUAGAUGAGUAUCAGAAAAUUUACUUUAUCACUUUGCUAGUUGAUAAUAAAUAUUUUUGACUGUA